AGAGAGAGAUUUACGGNGAGAGAGAGAGAGGGAGAUUUACGGAAUCGAUGACGAUCCUCUCCGCGAGACGUGGAGUGUUUGGAUGCGCGUACUGUUUGGUGAUUAUAUUGUUGUGCGCGAGGAUAUGCGCAUCCUCGAGAUCUGAUAAGGAAAUCCGGGAAAGGUUUUACGGCAACCUUGUGAAUUCGUCGGCGUCGGAUACCGGGGAAGAAAGUAUAGCCAAAAUGUUCGAUCGGGUUCUUGACAAAGAGUUCCCCGAAAAUGAUCAGCCUGAAGGAUCAGAUGCAAGCAGUUUCAAUACUAGUGUAGCUGAUCAGCAAGCUGUUCUGGAGACUGUGGCUAAAAUCACUCAUGAGAAGACAAAGAGAAAUGAUACUCAAGAGGCAAAUGGCACAAGAUCAUUCCAGAUUCAAGAUGUUUUUUCCCUGGAAAAUGAAGAUUCAGAUGAGACAACAACUUUGAUUGACAAAAAGGAUAAUGUGUUUGUAAUGUCAAAUAAAAAAUCCAAGUAUCCAGUACUCCAAGUCGAUUUGAGAUUGAUUUCAGAUCUGGUGGUUGUCAUAGUCUCAGCUGCCAUUGGUGGUAUAAUCUUUUCAUGUUUGGGGCAACCGGUUAUUGUGGGCUAUCUUCUUGCGGGUUCACUUAUUGGACCAGGGGGUUUGAAAUUCAUUAGUGAAAUGGUACAGGUUGAAACUGUGGCACAGUUUGGUGUUAUCUUUCUUCUUUUUGCUCUUGGGUUAGAGUUUUCUUUGGCAAAGUUGAAAGUUGUGGGGCCAGUUGCUGUUCUUGGAGGAAUACUUCAGAUUGUGAUAUUUAUGUGCUUAUGUGGCAUAAUUGCGGUGUUAUGUGGAGCAAAAUUGUCUGAGGGUGUUUUUGUUGGCUCCUUCCUCUCAAUGUCAUCAACUGCAGUUGUUGUGAAGUUUUUAGUAGAACGGAAUAGCACUAAUGUUCUUCAUGGUCAAGUUACUAUUGGGACUCUAAUUUUUCAGGAUUGUGCUGUUGGUUUGUUAUUUGCUUUGCUCCCAGUUUUGGGUGGUAGCAGUGGCCUACUACAUGGAAUGAUUUCAAUGGGAAAGUUGAUGCUGGUAUUAUCGAUAUAUCUCACUGUUGCAUCUGUAUUGUCUUGGUCAUUUGUUCCUCGCUUCCUAAAGUUAAUGGUGCAGAUAUCAUCUCAAACAAAUGAACUUUAUCAGCUUGCUGCUGUGGCUUUCUGCUUAUUGUCUGCUUGGUGCAGUGAUAAGCUGGGUCUCAGCCUUGAGUUGGGUUCCUUUGUAGCUGGAGUUAUGAUAUCUACUACUGACUUUGCACAGCACACUUUAGACCAGGUGGAACCAAUACGCAAUCUAUUUGCAGCUCUCUUCCUUUCUGGAAUUGGGAUGCUUAUACAUGUUCAUUUUCUCUGGAACCAUGUGGAUAUAUUACUAGCAGCUGUUAUUCUAGUUAUUGUUGUUAAGACAGCUGUUGCUGCUGUGGUCACCAAGGCUUUCGGAUAUAGUUUUAGGACAUCUUUCCAUGUUGGAGUGUUGCUUGCUCAAAUUGGAGAAUUUGCUUUUGUUCUUUUAAGUCGUGCCUCAAAUCUUCACCUUGUUGAGGGAAAGAUGUAUCUUCUUCUUCUUGGAACAACUGCUCUUAGUCUGGUAACAACUCCUCUUUUGUUCAAACUGAUACCUAAUGUGAUGAACUUGGGUGUCCUUUUACAAUGGUUUCCCUCAGAGAACAAGACUCACACGAAUAGUAGGAGAAAGUUUCCAUCAUUGAAGCACAUAACAGAUUAUUGUGACUUUCCCACAUGA